AAUAGAUUUGUGAUGUACGGUAUUUUAACAACUAGAGCAUUAAGACGGUUUACUUUGCCUUACGUUGUCUGGGUUGUAAUGUACAAUAAGGCUAUUUUGAAGCAGCGUUUUUGUGUUGAAAUAUAGUGAAAAAUAAAACUGGAACUGAAACUCAAGUCUGCUUGACUUUAUAAAAAAAAAAAAAAAAAAAGAAAAAAUCGUUGUAAAAUGUGUUGAAGUGAAAAUAGAUAUUUGGCGGUAAUGCAGCCAUAAAUAAAAUAAAAUAAGUAAAAACGUAUUUUUGUACAUGUUAAUUCACGGGUCAUAUAGUAUUACUCGAACAGGUCAGUAAACUGUAAAAUAAGUUCUGGUCUUCUGAUUUAAGUCAUAAAGUAUUGUAUGAGACGUAACAGUAAAUUGCUAAAUUAAUUCGAAAAAGUAUAUAUUGUUAAAAAAAUAAAAUAAAAAUAUCUAGUGUUUAUUUUAAGGGAGUUUUUAGUGUAUCCCACUGUUGGGUGUACAGUAAGACAAGCAAGUAAUGUCUUUUUUUUAGAUUUGUGUUUCUUUAUGUAAUUGCUUUCUUUCCCCUUGUUGGUUUAGGGUCAGUCUUGUGCAGGCAGCUUCAAUUUCUUCCUCUGUAGCAGAGCAACGCUUCACUGAGAAUUUUGGAUUGAAUGGAUUAAGCCUGCAGGCUUGCUAUUAAAAUAUAGAGGUUUAUUUUUGUUGUACAGUAUAUAUUUUUUUGUAUGCUUUGGGUUUAGUUCUCUGUUUGCCAUGGCCUAGAGGAAAUCCUGCUAGUAGAGAUUCUUGGAUUACAGAUGAAGACUUGAAGGAUGACUCUGUCUCGAAUCAUAGGCCUGCUGUGCUACACCACAGGAAAGUCUCUGCUGAAUCUCUGUGCUGCUCGACAGUUUCAACCAGCUUACUUGAGGCUAUACAAUGUACAGUCCCAAAAGGCAAGGAAAAGUCCAGUAAAGGAGAAUGACUCUUUGCUGGAGAACCUGGUCAAGCUUGGGGUAGACAUUAAAAUGGUGAGGAGAAGACAACCAGGGGUCCUGAGGAAGUUGAUCACCAACGAGCAUGGUCUGGCGCGCUUUCUGCAGGGCAAAGGGGCUGCCAAGGAGACAGUGGCCAGCAUUAUUUCCCGGUACCCACGUGCUAUCACCCGCUCACAUGACCACCUGGAAGAGCGUUGGAGGCUGUGGAGGAACAUCUUCCAGGCUGACAGCGAGAUUGUGAAGAUUGUAGAGCGGUCGCCCGAGUCCUUCUUCCGUUCUAGUGACAACGACAAUCUGGAGAAGAACAUUGCCUUCCUGAGCUCCCUGGGCUUGACCUCUAAGGAACUUCACAGGCUGCUGACCACCGCUCCCAGGACCUUCGCCAACAGCGUGGAGCUCAACCGGCAGAUGGUGGAGCUCCUGCAGGAUGUCUGCUUCAGCCUGGGCGGCAAGCAACCAGAUCACUUUGUGAAGCAGAUUAUCUCAAGAAAUGUUUACAUUCUCAUUCGCAGCACCAAGAGGGUGAGGACUAACAUUGAGUUUCUCCAGAAGGCUUUCAACUUGACCGAUGAGGAGCUUCUCAAUCUGCUGCAGGGCCACGGGGCUGAGAUUUUAGACCUAUCCAAUGAGUAUGUCAAGAGAAACUUCAAGAGUGCAGAGCAGAAACUGCAGUCGCUUGGCUGCUCCCAGAAGGAUGUCAAAAACUUCAUCCUCUUCUAUCCUCCGUCUCUCUAUGCCUCGCCUGAGACUUUAAAAAAUAAAAUAGAUUGUUUGCUAGAUGCUAAUGUUGAUAUCAGACAGAUACUGGAGAAACCAAGGGUGUUGGACUUUAGCAUUGACACUGUAAGGAGCCGGUUAAAGGAACUAGACAAGGCAGGUUAUGAUUUUAAAAAGAAUGGGAUCGCUAUUUUAGACUCCAGUAGAAAACGAUUUGAAGCCAAGUUAGAAAGGCUGUCUGUAGUGCCUGAAGAGUAAGUUACCUUUGAACAUUGUUGUAAAAUAAACUGCAAAAACUAUGUUUGUUCAAUCAUUUAAACUAAUUCUGAUCUUUAUACUUCCUACCUGUUAUGAAAUGGCAUUAUGUGGUUUGAACCAGUGUGUUUUUAAGUAAAAUAGGAAGGAAAUCAAGAAUCUCACAUAAAUAGAGGGUACCCCAUGGACAUAAAUUGAUAACUGUAUUUUAAAAAUGGGAAUGGUUAAAUAUUAGGGAGAUGUAACAAAGGGCAACUGUCAUGAAACUUUUUGAAGUAUAUAGGUAUAUAUAAAAUUAUUUAAAUAUAUAUAAAUAAGAAAUAAGUAUAAAAAGCUGUAUACUUUUGUCCUAUCCUCUUGAUAAUACUAAGACCAGCUUUUCAUUUUCAAAUUAACACUUUACAGACAACAGUGGAUGUAAUUGGUAAACGUGCCACCGUGAAGAAGCAGGACCCAUUCUAGAUAUGUUCAAGUAUUAAUUUAUCUCCAUGUUGGCAUAUUCCAUCCAAAACAGCAAGAAAAAUUGAAAAUAUAUAUAUAAUAUAAAAACAGGUAACUCUGCAACAUCUUUUGUUAAUGUACAAUACAUGGUAACAUGGUCUGAUUGCAUGACAUUUAGUAAACAGAAGAAACUUAAUCAGCAGCAUUGUCUUUGAAAAUUGAAAACGCUAUGUACUUAAAAUAUAAGCAAAUAAUCAAAAGGUCUGCAACAGAAGAAAUCUGGCUAAUGCAGGUGUAAGUUAAGAGAAUAGACUUUGAAAAAUAGCACUCCUUUAAACUGUUGACAGCUGUAAGUGGCUAAGUGACGCUUUAUCCAGGAGGUGGCACUGUGUUUCUGAAAUAUGUGGGUUUCCCCACUCCCCUUAUAUGUGGUGCUUUAUCCAGGAGAUGGCACUGUGGUUCUUACAUGUGGGUUUCCAUACUCCUUGUAUGUGGUGCUUUCAAGCAUCCUUACAGUUUUUGGUGCCAUAAUAUGUAGGUAAAACAGUAGCAGCAGAAUCCGUUGUGUCACCCGUUACCAGUUUUGUAAAUGCAACUGUGAUGUAGUUUUUAAUGUUUGAUGUAUACUUCUUGUUUACUUUUUAAACUGCAAUUGCAUAUAGUUAGAUAGUUACACAACUUAUCAUUAGGCUGGAUAUCAAAACCUUCCUCAAUUCUAUCAAUGUACAACCUCCUUUGUUUUAAGCUCGCUGUAAUUUGUUUUGAACAAGCCUUUACCAACUGUUCAUCUUAAUAUAUAAACAAGAACGUUUAUUUGUCUCUCUGUUCCUCCUUUAUACGUUCGGACCCCGCAGGAGCCAGUGCAACCAGACUUUGCACGGCCUCCUCUUUCAUCCAGGGGAACGUCAAGGGUUAUGUUUGGAUACAAAAUUUUGACCCCCAUACUUUAUUUAGUAACCCCAUUGCUGGAUCACUACAGUAGCCAUGUAUCUCAAAUUAAGGAAACCUACAAAAACCAAAUAAUUAAAGAAGAAAAAUUUUAAAAAAAUGGCAAAACCCCCCCAAAAAAUAUAAAGCUAAAAAAAGUGAAAGGGGUCAGAGUGCAUUGUACGACACCCAAGAUCAGUAACUUAUAGGAAACCGUAAGGCUACUGUUCCAAAAUUUGUCAUGCAUGAAAUAUUGAAUUUCCCUGGGCAACGCCGGCUAAUUCAGCUGGUAUACCUAUAAAAGAAAUGCCUGGCUUCCAGUUUGCAAUACUUUAAGGAAUCUUUCAGUAACUUAUUUCCAUGCAACUCUAAAAAACACUUGGGAGGAAUCCAAUUUCAACAUAGUUAAUGUAAACUUUGUAAAAUAUCCAGAUAGUGCAUAAAUCCAGUGACCUACGAGAAAAAAAACUCUUUAUUUGAAGUUUAAACCAUGAGUAGUACUUGUGUAAUUUUUGUUAUUUAUAUAAUUGUCACCCAAAAAGGUGUCACAUGUACUUGCCUAGUGAGUAUGCAAUGUUUAAAUUAGACACAACAGAUACCUCUCACCACUACCCUCCGAUUUCAGAAACAUAUUUAAAACAAAAUGAAAAUCUCUCUUGCUGUCUGCUACCACAACCGUUGGGCUUUUAAACAAGUUGGGGUUAGGACAUGAAGGACCGCAGCAUUGCGCAAACUGACACGAAUGUCGUUUAGUCCACAUAUCAUCUAAUGCUAAUACAAUCUAGGGAAACCACGCCGGUUAUUGGCAUUGGUGUGAAAACAGCCUCUGAAAUUAUUGGUCAGCUUCUCUUGAAGACUGCAAAAUUUGAGUAGGAUCAUU